AUGCAAGAUGAGCUCAAUGCACUCAAUGACAACAAAACUUGGAGCAUUGUUCCUUUGCCAAAGGGUCAGAAGGUUGUUGGAGUUAGGUGGAUUUACAAAAUCAAGUUUCAUUCCAAUUGCACUAUUGAGAGAUACAAGGCCAGUCGAAGUAGAGCAUAUUCAUCCAUGUUUAUUAGAAAUGGUAAAGUUGGUCGUCUUAUUGUCCUUGUGUAUGUUGAGGAUUUGAUUAUAACUGGUGAUGAUGCUGAAGAAAUCAAGGCCUUAAAGUCAUCUCUUCAUGCCACCUUCUCCUUUAAAGAUCUUGGCAUGGAAAAGGUGGCAUUGACUCCAUUAUAUAUCCAUCCAUAUUCGUCCUGUGGAAGUGUAAUAUGCUCUGAUCAAUUGAUUUCAACUGGUACUGGUCACGAAGAUGUUGGUUCUCUGCCAUCAGGCGAUCAUAUUCCAAAAGAAGUCCCUCAGAUUGCUUCUUUAGGGCCUCAAAAGCCCAGUCAAAGCCUGACCUUAUGGGCAUAA